AUGCCGUUAUCACAGCUUAGUGAGCAACAACGAGCAACCAUUGCCGACCGCACUCGAGUAUGGGAAGUAAGACGCUUCUGCCAGGUAUUGCCAUCUGUCGUCAAAUACGUACGCGGCUCGGAAGCUGGCCUCACAGCCACGCUUCCAGAGCGGCAGGGACGUUAUAUCAAAAAUGAACCGGACGGCGCGCUCGCUGCUAUGCUGCGUUGCGUUAUCCAUCAAACGGGCGCCGAUUUGGCAAUGGUCAGCUUGCUAGACGACCAUACUCAAUACUUCAUCUCCGGGGCCAGUCGGGAUGAUGCGAAUGAUGCCAAAGUCACACUGGAAGAUUCAACUAAAUGGUAUGGAUGCGAAUCAGUUACCCAUCAUGGAGGCCUGUGUGAGCGGACUAUCACACGCCGGAAUCAGCCCGGCAACUUGGCUAUUUAUGAAGAGCUCGACAUGGCCACGUCGGAGAGAACCAAAGACCUACCUUUUGUAAGGGGCGACAUCGCCAAGUUCAGACACUACGUGGGUGUGCCCCUAAAUCCUUAUGAUGGUCCAAAUAUCGGUACAGUGUUCAUAUUCAGUUCCACGCCGUCGAAGGAAGGCUUGUCAGAGACUCAUCGUUCAUACUUGUUUGAAACAGCAUCACAUAUUAUACGGCACUUGGAACAAGCAGUAGAGGCGCUGGAAGGCAAAAGAUUGCUCAAGUUUAACCAAGGUGUGGCUUCGUUACUGAGGAUGGGUUCCUCUGCAGGACUGGCGGCUGAGUCUGCGCAGGAGCAGCCUUUGCCAGAGAGUCGUGAUGAGCGGCAGUCUCUGGUCUCAAACCUAUACAACGAUUCCGCUCUACGAUUAUACCAGCUAUCAGCGACGCUGCUUUACGAUGCUUUCGAGUUUGAUGGAGUUCGAAUUCAAGAACUAGGACCCUCGGGUAACUUCGUCAACAGAAAUCCCGCCUGGAAUGGCUCUAGUAUAUUGGCAGAGCAUCUAGGACCCAGAGCUCAUAAGCCUCAGAGCCUAAGCCAUACAUUGACUAGCCGACUACUCGAAUUAUUUCCUCAGGGGGCUGUCUUCCAGGUACUCGACGAGAAAAGCAAGAUUAUUGCUGCUACAAGUGCAAGUGACGUUGCUCUAGUUGAUGAUCCAGUCAUAUCAAUGGAGUUGUCGAGGUCUUUUCCAGGAGCAGUACAAAUCGUUCUGAUGCCGCUCUGGGACACCUUCCAUGAACGGACCACCGGUGCAGUAUUGGGAUUUGCCAACACUCAGUCUAGGGUAUACCUCGGCUCGACGGAUCUUGCGUCUAUUUCUGCGUUUUGCACGACCAUCAUGACGCAAGUGCGGCGUCUAGAAGCACAAGCUAUGGACAAGAUCAAAUCAGACUUCCUCGGAUCAGUAUCUCACGAGAUGAGGACACCACUACAUGGCAUGCUAUCAAGCCUUGAGCUUCUAGCUGAUAUACCGCACGAUGCACACCAACACGACUUAUUAGAAACUGCGAGAUACAGUGGCCUAUCACUACUUGAUACCAUAGAGCGUGUUCUCUAUUUCAGCAACAUAAGUUCUGGAUCAUAUAAUUCAGAACAUACAGGAUCCAAUGUCCCAAGCGAAGGACUCGUUCAUCCAUCAAGUCUUGUACAACACAAGCCGGCAGCUUGCCCACGGGAGAGUGACACUGUAGAGGCUAUUAACAUUUGCGAAGAUAUCAUACAUAGUGAGUCGCAAAGAUUACGUCUCAAAGAGGCUAAUAAUGCCUUGAAGUUUGGUGAGUCGACAAACUGUGUUCGAGUUUCAUUGAACAUCACGAAUGAUGCAAUCAGUGUCUCUUGCACGGACGCUGGGCAGGGCAUAGCUUCGGACUUUAUUCGCCAUUCGAUAUUUGAUCCAUUUUCUCAGGAAAAUCCUGUCACCGAGGGCACUGGUCUUGGACUUUCUAUAGUCAAGCAGACGGUUAGUAUGUUUGAUGGCGAUGUACAGAUCGAGUCGAGCAAGAAGCAAGGUUCUACUUUCACAGUUAGACUCCCAUCGACUCAAUUGCUGCACCGCCCACUGGAUAGUGCAGCAGAGUACAUCGACACUCAAUCUAGUACUGCCGAGUCGCCUCAGCUAGGGAUCAGUCUUUUCGCCCCAAGGCGGUGGGAGACGGGCGAUGUAGUAAGAGACCAACGGCGACUUGGAUUACUGCUAGAUUCGCUUACGCAAGGUCUAAGACGGUGGUUUCGUAUUACGGUCAUUCCUUGGGAGAUUGCAAGCAUGAAUUCGCAGUCGCGGCUGCUUAUCGCCUUGAAAGAAGACGAAGAAAGCGCAAAACUGACCUACGGUGGCACAUACAGCGACGCUGAGCGUAUCUUGCUUUAUCCAGAUUCGCAAACCGCGCUCAGCCCACACACAACGCCUUCCGAAAAGAUCGCAGCCAUUACUGGCCCAGUGACUAUUUCAAAACUUCAAGGUGCGCUGGCGCACUUGUUCCCUGACACAGUCUCAUCUCCCGAGCUUCGUCGCCAUUCCGACGCUACAUCAGUAACUACGGGACGUCAGAAGCCAUUGGGCAGAGGAAACCUCAAUCAGUCGAGUGUGGAAACAAACGACACAUCCGACGACCCACCGAUAUCAUCACUGUCAGAUUUAGUGCUCGAAGAAAACCCGAAAUCAGACGGCGAAAAAAGCGCUGUGCAUCCACAGUCAAUGCCGGUAGCCGCCCAGUCCAGAACUUCAGAAGUACAAGCAUCGAGAGAGCCCAUCGAAGCACGGCCACCAGAACAGAACAUACCAAUACAGAUAGUGCAAGUAGAACAGCCGAAUCUGACUACGCCAUUGAAAGCACUCGCAGCGGAGCCGAAACUAUUGCUUGUCGACGACAACGCUGUCAAUCUUAAGGUGCUUACCAUGUAUGCACGCAAAUGUAGCAAAACGCCUGCAACGUCUGUAGGUGGUGGUCAGGAAGCCAUUGAUGCAUUCAAAAGCACCAUGGAACCGAAUAACGGUGAAGCUGCGCAACCUUUUGAUCUUAUCUUCCUCGAUCUCUCGAUGCCAGAGGUCUCGGGCUUCGAUGUAGCGAGGGAGAUUCGUGAGAUGGAAGCACGAUUGAAGCGUGAUAGGACGUACAUAUGCGCACUGACUGGGCUUGUGAGUGGGAAAGAUCGUAAUGCAGCAUACGAGUCCGGUGUUGAUAAUUACCUUGUCAGGCCUGCACGGCUGAAAGAUCUGCAGGGUGUUAUUGAGCUUUGGAGAAAUAGCCUAAUCGAGUUACAGCAAUGCGCACGCGGUCGUGAAUCAAACAGCGCCCCACGAUACCCCGGAUCCCCACCUUCGACAGCAAAAACACCCGACGCGACAAGAGUUGGAGGACACAAGCGAUUCGAGAUGGCUUCCACGACAGACGCCGCCUUUGUUGAGGAUAUCGAGGUGGAGCAGGAGUUUAGAGCGCGCGUCAGGAAUCUCAAGAAGGCGAACAAGUCAGGGGCAAGAUCUUCAGGACCCGACAGCGAUAACGAAGACGCGCCGCUGUUGGGUUCUUCGAGGCACAAUAAUGGGGGUGCGAAUGGCGAUGGAAAUGACAACGAAGAAGAAGAAUGGGCAGGAGACGCCGACUUUCGAGGUCUUCCCUGGUGGAAGCGGCCCUCGAUAUUUUGGCUAUUGCCGCCCUUCCUACUGUUCACCAUAGCCUUCGGUGGUAUUAUAGUACCCAAAAUCAACCUGAUUAUGGAUUUGGUGUGCGAAGAGUACUAUGCUACUCUGGAGACCGAUCCAAUAUCCUCUCCCAUGGACCCGGGGCAAGAUCGAUGCCAGAACGACGCCGUUUCCUCUCGCUCAUCGCUCUUCCUUCUAUACGCCAGCUUGUGCUCCGGUAUACUCUCUGCUAUUAUAAGUCCAAAGAUUGGUGCGCUCUCAGACCGGUAUGGAAGGAAGAAAUUCAUGAUUGCCAACACCUGCGGUGCGCUUUUCGGUGAGGUGCUCACCAUACUGGCUGCCAAGUUUCCCGAGACUGUACACGUCAACUGGAUUCUUGUCGGCUACUGCUUGGAGGGCAUAUCUGGAUCCUUCAUCGUCGGCAUGGCAUGCGCGCACUCCUACGCAUCCGACUGCGUCGCACCACAGAAACGGAACGUUGCCUUUUCAUACUUUCACGCUUGUCUGUUCGGUGGUAUCGCCAUUGGGCCUGCACUGGCUGGAUACAUCAUCAAUGCGCGCCAGAAGUACGUUGGCAAGACUGAAGCUGUCUUGCUCAUCUUCUACAUGGCUCUCGGUGCUCAUUUGAUCUUCAUUGCGUUUCUCACAUUCCUUGUUCCCGAAUCCCUCAGCAAAGCACGCCAAGAAGCUGCGCGUGAGAAGCGCAGGGAAGAACUUGAACGACAAGGUCCUGCUGGAGAUUUCAUUAACCAAUUACGCUCCAUCAACCUCUUUGGUCCUUUAAAGAUCCUCUGGCCAACUGGCCCUGGAACAUCGUCUGCUGUGCGCUGGAAUCUCCUUUUGUUAGCCGCCACAGAUACCAUCAUGUUUGGUGUCGCAAUGGGUGCCAUGAGCGUUGUGUUGGUCUACACUCGCCGGCAGUUUGACUGGCACGAACUAGAGUCUGGUCGUUUUACCACCAUUGUGAACAGCUCCCGUGUGUUCGCUCUUCUCGUCAUCUUGCCUAUUCUAACGCGCAUCUUCCGCGGUAAGAAUGGCGCGGCGCGUCUGCGCAGCUCGGGCUCUGAUCUGUUCGAUCUUUCCGUCAUUCGAGCCGCUAUCUUCUUCGACAUGGCUGGUUUCAUUGGCUAUGCCCUUGCCCGCAAGGGCGAACUAUUCGCGCUCUCUGGAGCUAUCGCUGCUGUUGGUGGUAUCGGUUCACCCACGCUUGGUGCUGCGUUGACGAAACACGUACCGCAGGAUCAAGUCGGUCAAUUGCUAGGUGCAACAGGUUUACUUCACGCCGUUGCACGUGUGGUAGGUCCAACUAUCUUCAACGGCAUCUAUAGUGCGACUGUUGGGACAUACCGCCAAACUGUCUUUGUGUGUCUUGCGGCAACCUUUGGAACCGCGUUUGUGUGCAGUUGGUUUAUUCGUCCACAUGUAUAUAUCGACGAAGAUGACAAACGCGCUGCGCAGGCGGAUGGACAAGAAGCAUAG